CAGAAUUUGUCAAUUCGAAAUUAAGAAUCUAAUAAUUUUUGAAAAUAGUCUUAAAAUUUGGUUUCAUCUAGCAGAAUUGCAAAAUGGCUUGCUUGAAGAACGGUUGCGGGGGCAGCUGCUGGAAGAAGAAUAUGUUUGCCGGGCGCUUGGGCAACUACUUCCAGCAGCUGAAAACUGCCUACAACAACAACAACAACAACAACAACAACAAGAGGGGUAGCUGCGGAGGCGACUGCUCGACCGCCCAGGCGAUGGAUUCCAACGACACGACUCGGCCUCUGGAUGUGUCCGAACGGAUCCAGUGGCUGCGGCGGUACCGGCAGCAUGUGUCCAAGAAGUCCGGCUGCGAGUGCCGCAAGAGCUCGCCCCGGGACUAUUGGUUUAACGCGAAUCGCGGCAUCAUUUUGGCCCUGAGCCGGGCGGUAGGGCUGCAUGCGGACGUGGUCUCAGACUUUCUGUACACGCUGACCAUGCAGAACUUCGCCAAGGUGCUGAAUCCGCGCAACUCCUACUGUUACAAUUGCCACGUGCCACUGUGCACCUUCGACGCCUGCGACUUCAACUGCGGCAUCUUUGACAGCGAGGGCAACGUGCGCACUCCCUACCAGCCGGAGUCGCUGCUCAAGCUGUUGAGCGUGCUGCAGUUGGUGCUCAAGGGGGGCAAGGAGUCGGAAAAUGGUGCGCACAAGUGUCUCUUUGGCGACGCCAAAUGUCCGGCACGGAAAUUCGGUCUGCGGCCCACGCGGUGCACUCAAAAGAUAGCUGAUCGCUCGGGCAUCGGACCGAACUCCCUGGCCAGACAGAAUGGGCUGAGACGUCGCUUCACGCGAUACGAAAGAUAUUAUUUGGAUGGUAAUGAUCCGAAUGCCGGGAAACCAGGCGCUGGCGAUGCCGCCCUUGAAGCGUCUACAAGGAGAAAGCAUUUUGACAAUAUGGAGGGCUAUAUAGGUUACUGUAAAGGUUCAAUAGCCAAAGCCACGAGUGGUCUGUAUGCUGGGGAGAAGCUGAUUGCAUAUUCAGAGCGGCGCGAUUAUUUACGGAAGCUGUUAAAUCGGAUUAAAGAUCGCGUUGGCAUCGAACGGAAUCUAGACGAUUUGGUAGUUGCAUUGACAGGAUUCGAUCUGAACAAGGCUCGAGAAAGCGAAAUGAGCAGAACGAGGGGUAUCGCGCAGAACAUAUCCAAGGAAUACAAUGACAUGAUUAAAGGCGACCUGAGCUCCUUAAAAAUAGCCGAGGAAUAUCACAAUGAUCCCCAUUGCGCUGAGCUCAACUCGGAAGCGGUCCCCCUCAGAAGCGAGACGCUGUUGAAGAAAUCCGAAAAGACUCGAUUCUAUAAUUGUGCACAGGUGCCGAUAUUGGCACACAAACCCUUCGAUCCAGAUCGACCGGAGACUUGGAUGAAUCCCCAACCGACGGUUGCUUGCAUGGAUGAAGAAAACAACGUGGGCCAACGGGGCAUCAUUCAUCGCUACAGAUGCAAAUCCGUUGAUCAGCGACUGCAGAAAGCCCGUAAAAGGAUCGCCAUACGCUCUGUGUACAGUCAAACCUCAGACGAGGAUGUCAAAAAGAAAAAACGUUACAAAAACCAAUCUUAUAGGUAAACGUCUUGCAAUUCCAAUCCAAAUCUUGAUUACAGAAAUGUUCGCUUGAAAAAAAAGUUGAAGAGAAAUAAAAAGUCGGGCUCUUUAA